UUUCAGAACGUUGGCAAGUGCCCACAACUGGCAUUAGUGUAUUUUUUGUCACUUCAAAGCACAAGAGUAAGCUUAGGAAUGCUUUGCUUCAUUCUAGGUCAGGCUGCCUGCAGAUAUAGACCCUUUCCUCUGUUGCCUUAUUGCCAGUUACGCUAAAAACAGUAUAUGACAAGAGUUUAUUAAUACCGUACUGUGCCAACAUCCAUGCAAGUGUAUAUGAUGGCUUCCAUGCAGGAAAAGAUGCCAUUGAGCCAAUAGAUAACAGUGAUUCGAUUAGUGAUCAUGAAAGUCAUCUUACACAAUAAACCUCCUCUCUCUGGUCUCCCUCACACCAGUCACAACGGUUUGCAAAGGCUUAUUUUCAAGGGCUUUGCAAUGAGCAUGCACCAAAGAACAAAGGGAGGGCGUACUGAAAGUCGCAGCGUCACCUCAGGGAAUGUACAUUUGUUCCAGUCAGACUACUUUUUGCCUUCCAUGGGCACAGGCGAUGUCCAGCUUUGCUGGACAAAGCCCGAAGCUGAAUCCAUAACUGGUGACACUGACGCAAUAGUGAUAGACUUGAGAGGAAGAUUUUCAGGGGGCAGAAUGGACACAUUCAGGCAAAGAAAGUGAAAUUGUCCAGACUUCUGACAGACCACAUCGCGCUGAAAUCAGCCACGCUUUGUCAAACUGAGAGAGGCACACGCAUUCAGAACCUUCACUGGCUCCGGUUUCCAGCCUCCGAGGGCUCCAUGCCAGACAGACCGAGCAUGCGGGCCACACUUGCCAUGACAGCCUGGAUGGUUUCCUUAGUUUCCAGCUAUGAAAACACAGCAAUUAGUUUGCCAGGUAUCGAAAAUGAAGAUUUCAUCAAAGACUGUGUUCGAUUUCAUAACAAGUUCCGAUCAGAAGUGAAUCCAACUGCCAGUGAUAUGCUAUACAUGACUUGGGACCCAGCACUAGCGCGAGUUGCACAAACAUGGGCAAGAAACUGUCAGUUUGUACACAACGUUCAGCUGCAUUCAAGCUACAAGCUACAUCCAAAUUUCUCCUCUCUGGGAGAAAACAUCUGGGCUGGGUCUCUAUCCCUGUUUUCUGCAUCUUCAGCCAUCACAAACUGGUACGAUGAAGUUCAAUACUACGACUUCAGGACUCAGAAAUGCACCAAAGUCUGUGGCCAUUACACUCAGGUUGUUUGGGCGGCUAGUUACAAAGUGGGCUGUGCAGUACAGUAUUGUCCCAGCGUUCAUGGCACCAGUAUUUCCCACGGAGCACUUUUCAUAUGCAACUACGGACCAGGACAAUACAGAAGUUGGCCAUACAGAGAAGGGUCCACCUGCAGUGCCUGCCCCAAUGAUGACAAGUGUUUGGAUAAUCUCUGCAUUAACCCACAACGAGACAAAGUCACACGUUACUACUCUAUUGUGUAUCCUGACUGGCCAGUAUCUGUGCGCAACAGGAACUUAUCUCUCUUUCUCAUUGUUAGUCCACCAAUUCUAAUACUGGGUGUCAUAAUGACCAUUUGGGUCAAGCACAGAUACCCUCAGUUCUUUUGAACUAAAUCCAGAAAAAAACCGCAACUCAUUCAUGUAUGGCUUAAAAAAAAUAACAGUUGGUUGUAUUUAUUUCUUAUUUUAAAAUAUUUCAGAAAAAAAUGUUGCAAUAAACCCUUCAUCAAAAGAAAAAGUCUCAACUUCCUAACUCUAGAAUAAACUCAUUUUUACUUCCCACUUUUCUGUGAAUAAGAAUUGUUUUCAGGCUGCCACAGCUGUGACUUUCAGUAAGUAACUCAGCCCGUGUGUGUCUCAGCUUCUAAAACUACAAAAUGAAUGUGCUAGAUUUAGGUGAUUCUGAACGACUCCACUGGCCCUCAUUAGUAAAAACAUUUCUACAUAACUUGCUGCAUGCUGCUUCCAUGCUAAACAUCUGGUUUUCCCCACUCUCUUGCAAUUUGAGGUCUUUGGUUUCCCAUUUUCCCAGACUCAAAAGAGUAAUUAAGGGAUUUAAGAGGCUUUUGCUUUUUGCUUAUGGGCUGUUUAAUCUUAAACAUAAUAUAAAGUAAGAUUAUAAAAAGAAACCUAAUGUUUACUCAUUAUCAUUAGAGACAGCACUGCAAAAUCUGUAUUUAUUUUCCUCAAAACCAAGUUGUGGGACAUGAUUAUAUGUAAAGACUAAACAGUGGCAGCAAAUACUGGAUUUGAUGGAUAAUUACAAUAGCCACAUUCUAAAAAGAUCGUUACAUAAACAACCUAAAAAAUUACACCUAAUAUGCUUAGGCAAACAUGCCAAAACAGAAAAGGUGCAUGGUAUACAAGGACAUACGUACCACUCUGCAGCAUUAAAAUUAAAAACUCACACACAGAGAAUACAAUAAUUUAUAUUUAUAAAGAAACAGCUGUUUAUAUAAACACUGAUUUGAAGAAUGACACAAACUAGAAAAACGUGAUCAGGGUAUUCUUCUCACACAUAAGGCUACGAACAUCCUAGCAUCUCAAAAUCCUUUACAAAAGGAGAUAGCUUAAUGAGUUCUAGUUCAGGGGGUUUAUUUAGUGUUACUUUUUCUUCUUCUUUUUUUUUUCAUCUGUUUCCAUUUUAAGCUUAACUUCUUCAGCUGAAAGAGCUCCCAGUUUCUUAUUCUUUGCUUUCUUAACCUUUUCCUUGAUGGCGGCUACAUCAAUUUUAUUUUCGGUAGAAGCUAGACAAAUUAAAAACAACAUAUGUAAUUCUUUAUGCUUUACCAAAUAAAACAUAAAGAAUAUGUAUUUGGUACAGUAACUUUAGAGUACUGUAAUAAGUGAAAGGUCAUGUUGUAAAAUAUAAAGCACCUGCCUAAAGGAAUGUUAGACAUUUAAGAGAAAAAAAAAUCAUAAAAUAAAUUACUUUCUAAGUACAUUAAUGAAGGUACACAUGAAAAUGGCAUUAUAGUUUAGCUAUCUGAACAAAUCACUGAAUUCAACAAUAUUAAAACUUCAUUUUUCCCCCUAAAUUGUACUUGAGAUUGGAUUAUUUUUACUUAUAUUCUUUCCCAUAUUUUGGAACUUUAGAGUACUCAUUAAUAUGCCAAUUUCCAAUUCUGCACACUAAAAUACUUUGAAAUUACAUUUCAAGAAGAAUAUUACCACGUAGACCUUCCAGCUUGAAUAAUUUUAAUUAACUAAUCAUGAAGCUUUAGGUCAAAUCUACUUCAUCUAAUACCACACAUAAAAACUCAAAAAUAAAGUUUUCCAAAUAUUAGUUCAAUGAAUGACUAGUAGUAUUUCAUUUAACAAGAUUUUGGUAAUAAAGACAAUAAUCUGAGCAUAUUUGGAGAUCCUCCUAACAGAAUCCAACCAUCAAUGCCAAAAGCCUGAACAACAAAGACAAAGGAGGAGACACAAAUGCAACUUUUCCUCACCAUGUAAAGGACAGUGUUCAGAGCAUAAGAGAAUCACCAGCUAAAAUAUCAUCAAACUUCCCAGCAACUUGAGGAGCAGAGACUUAAAGCCUCCACUACAGUGAAACAGCUACAUUUUAAAUCAUCAUAAACUGAGAUUAAACUGGCUACUGAACAACGUCCUAAGACGUUGAGAGAAAACUCACAGGCUGAACAAACUGCAAAUUCUAAUGCUUAUGACAUUUUUAACUUUUAUAUAACCAGUGACGUACAUAGAAGAAUACAGUACUUUUAAAGCUAUUAACACUGAUGUAAUACAGGAAACUAAAAUAGUAACGUCAUGUCUGGUCUUGACCAAUAGGUCAUGUACAACAAUGCCAGUGACUUCCCUCCCCUCACUGUGCCACUGGCUACUUCGGAAAAUUACUUAGGGAAGAGUACAGGUGUUACUAGUGGGAAAGAGAACACAGAAGAGGGCAGGAUGGAUCAAAUGAAACUAGGAAUGGAGAAGAGAAGACAGAACACUGUUUUCACGGAGUGUCCUUUUAACAGCCCCUAAGACCUUCCUACUACUUUGAUGGUGUCCUUUAGCCCAAGGUGAUCAGAAAUCCAUCGUUAAUAAUAUAGGAAUCAAAUUUUAAGCCACAGAUCACAUAAGUAAAGAGAAGAAAAGCGUAACUUCUGAUAAGCUCUUUCUGAGAGGCAUGAUAACAGAGCUUGGGGACCUCCUUGCUUUCGUUACUUUGAUCUCUACAGAGGAUUCACUGCCCUGGUUUAGAGCUUUCACAAUGAAGAGUCCUUCUCCAGCACAAUUGGAGGUUAGGAGAGGACUGUCAAUCUGGAGACUCUGAAAUAGGCAUCAGCUGCUAAUAAAUUAUAAAACACUUCUGUGGUCUCCUGUCCCUAGGAUUAAUGAUUAAUGAAGCAGCAAGAGAACUGAUGAAAGAUGGUUAUUUCUUUAGUUAACAUUCAAAGAGAUUCAGACAAACUCAUAUGGGUUUACUUUUCAAAAACAGACUUUCAUAUCACAUCAAGAAUUGGAAAACGAGCACUUACCUUCCUUCGGUUUCACAACUGGUUUUUCUUUAGGUGGAAUAAAAGCUUUGUUUCUUUCCUCUUGUCUCUUACUGAGAGCUUCUGCUUGUUUAGCCUGCGUUAUUAAUAAAAAAAAAUACAUUAGAGAACACAAUUUAUAGUUAAGUAGGAAUUUAAGUUUCUGUGAAUUGUACUAUCAAUGUUGUGAGCUAGACAGAGUCUUACCUUUAUGGCUUCCAUUUUCUGUCGCUUCUUUUGACUUGCCUUCAGAAAGUAUUCACCACUAGCCAAUUCUUUAUCAAUCUGUUGAAAGCAGUAUUUAUAAUUACAUGAGAAAUAAGGUAGAUGAGAAAUCAUUUCCUAAAAAAGGCACAGUGUCCUUGAGGUGAAGACAGUGAAGUCAAAAAUCUGACUAAUUCAUAAAGGCAGUGACAUGAAAAGGAAAUAUACUCUAAGCUAAAGGAAAUACAUGCAAAAAGCACAGGGAUAGGAAAGGAGGUGAUGUGUUCAUGGAAUAUACAGCAGGCUGUUUCAACACAGAAGGGGAUGUGUCUACAUGCUGAGAACAAAGAACUAGUAGAGAGGAAAGACUUUAAGAUAUAGCCAAGAGAGUGAAUUAUGAAGUAAGAUCCCUUAGGAGACAGGUGAAGACAGAAUUCAAAGAACAGGUAAAGAAAGGACUGGGUGCAGAUGGGAAAAAAAAAAAAAAUUACAGGUGAGAGAAAAGGAAGUUGAAGGAGUUCUCACCUGAUGGUCUUAAAUACUUCCAUAAACUGAAAUGCAGGGUCAUCAGCUAGGAGUGGGAGGGGUGCUUCAAGAAUUAAGAGGAUGCACAGACUACCAGACAACGGUGAGGACCUAUCUGAGGCUGGAAACGUGAAUUUAUAGUGGAUAGAGUCCAAAGAGAAGACUUUUUCCAGCUGUGUUCAGUAGCCACAUUAUGGGAAAGAAAACAAAUUUUAGAACUGAUUAAGUUUGAGAGUUUUGCUGGACAACUAUGAUAGAAGGAAAAGGCAGUAUGAAGGAAACAGUGAUGGCCAAGAGAGAAAGGGAAAUUUGGGGAAAAAAAGCCAGAAAACAGCUGCUAAAAUGAGACACAUUCAUAAUUUAGAAAAAGGAUAGAUAUUAUCACUUAAAGACUUCAAAACUGAGCAGUCACAUAGCAUGUAGUCAUAAGAAUGGUGCUGACGCAGAGUGAGAGCAUUAAGGGUUAAAUCAUUAAAUGUGUGUAUCCAUGGGAAGUGCAGAGACUGGAUUGGCUGCAGGGACACAAGUGACACCAACCACUCAUACCGUGAAGCCGCCACUCCACUCCACCCCACACACUCAGCUCAAAAUAAGCCUAUUUACACUUACCUUUAGUUUCUUAUACCUAUACACACCCAAACACAUACACACUCACAUACAGAAAGUCCACCUAAAUUACUCUCCAUGAAGUUUCUGACAAAACAGAUUAAAAUGGUUUCCCCCGUCAUGUGAAGAAAUUCAACAUUUAAUACUGACCUGACUUUCUGGCUGUGGUGGCGGGAAGGGUGUAUACUCUUUCUUGACAGUUUUCUUCUUUGGUUCCUUGCGUUUAUUCACAUUUUUGUGCUUGAACUGUGGCAAAAAUCUUUCCCAACUUUGUGAUCUUAAUUCAGAAUCUUUUGCCAACUCUCGUUUAAUCAUUAAGGUCUUUAGUCAUGACAAUAUAUGAACAAAGUAAGAAUUUUUAAUUUUAUAAGCCAUAUAUUUGUCAAACCAAGACAUUAUAAAUACUGUUCCUAUAAAUAACAAAAUUAAAAAGAGUAGUUCUUAAUCUCCACAGUAGGAGCAAACCAAUUCCAUAAAAAAAUAAGUAAUCUAAAACUAAGCUUCGGAAAACCAUUAGAAAUUUAGAUUAAGAAAUGCAGAAACAGUUUUUAAAAAAUUUUAAAAAAGCUUUAUGGACAGCUGGGUGGCUCAGUCGGUUGAGUGUCCAACUUUAGCUCAGGUCAUGAUCUCACAGUUCGUGAGUUCCAGCCCUGCAUCGGGCUCACUGCUAUCAGCACAGAACCUGCUUCAGAUCCUCUGUCUCCCUCUCUCUCUCUGCACACCCCCCCGACUUGCGCUAUCCCCCUCAAAAAUGAAUACACAUUUUUUUAAUUAAAAAAAAAGAAAUGCAGAACUGUUAAAAUAAUUGAGAUGAAAAUGAGACUAAUCUAAUUCAGCUUUCCAACCAUUAAUUCAUUAAAACCCUUAAAAUUCAACUUUAAUAGUAGCAGGGAGAGUUAAUUAGUAAUGUCCCCUGAAAGCAGGAAGCUUUUGGUAGUACUUUAAUUAUCACAGGAAAAGAAAAAAGUAAACUUUCUCACGAUCAGACAAAACCCAUUUCUCCCACUCCAUUGACUUCUGCACACAUUGGAACAGCCAAGGAAGGAAACCAGGUAUCAGAUACAAAACUAGCUCUAUUUUUAAUGUCCCAAAGUAACUCAAAAUCAUUCCUUCACCCCAAUUUACUAGUGACUUCUUAAAAUAUAUGUAUUUUUUAUUCUUUUAAGUGCUUAUUUAUUUUAGAGAGAGAGAGAGAGAGAGAGAGACAGAGCACGAGCAGGGGAGGGGCAGAGACAGGGAGACACAGAAUCUGAAGCAGGCUCCAGGGCCUGAGCUCUCAGCACAGAGCUCAACGCGGGGCUUGAACCCACGAACCCUGAGAUCAUGACCUGAGCCAAAGUUGGAUGCUUAACCAACUGAACCACGCCAGGCACCCCUAAGAGUGACUUAACUUCAUCAAAUUUAAGUGGACUGCUUAAUAAAUACCCCUCAUAGUCCCUUACAGCAUGAUUAAAUUUCCAAGUACCAUCACGAAUCCUGUGUGCACAGGGAUGUAACAGAUCUCUCUCAGAGAGUUUAUAAUUUUGACUGUUAAAUUAAGAAGAAAAGUUUUAAUCCAAUCUGAAAUAUUCCAGACUCUAUUUAACAGAAAAAGGCAGGAUACUGAAAGAUCACAUCUUUAAAUAUAGUAAUAAGCCCAUAAUCCAAGAAAAUCUGAUUUUUAUCAUCUACUACCAUUUCUAUGAAGCUUAUUUCCUCUGUAUAAAAACUAUGUCAUGUGUUUGAGUAUCCCCUUCAACAGUUUUCAGACUGUAGGCCAGAGACCUAAGCCUCCAAAGAUGUAACAACAGGACUGGGUAGAGUUGAGUAGGCUGAACUAUCUCUACCCCAAAUAGUUCUGUUCAUCUGUUUUGUGCAUUAGGCUUCCAUAGAAGAUUUAAUUUCAAGAAAGGUUUCUGUAGCUAAAAGAAGUCUGACAACCACUGUUAUAAUAAUCUAUAAUUAACACUCACCUUAAUGUUAUAAAUUGGAUGAAUAUUCUUCAUAGUAUCUAGGACUACUUUUCGUACCUGAAAUUUGCAAAGAAAAAUCAAUUAGUCACUUACAUAGAUUUUAAUAAACUAAAUGGAAGGGGAUUAAUAUACUGCAACAUAUCCUACGGACUAGGCAACGGCUACCAAACUGGAUACAGGAGGUCCUUCAACUGCUGAGUGACUUCUAGAUUCUUCAUAACAGUAAAACUCUCUUAGAUACAAUGAAGUAUCUCAACUUUACAGCUAAAUGUAACAUAUAGAAUUAAUACAGCAACAUUUUGGAACUGUGUAGUUUAGGGAGAAGGCUAGAUUUAGAGUCAGAAAAUGUGGCCUCAAAUAAUGGGAAGGGAACGUCACUUAAUUGUCCUGUUCCAGCUUUCUCAUUUGUAAUAUGUAAAUAAUAUGGAAAUACAAUUUUAUAGCUUUGCUGUGAAAAUUAAAUAAUAUAUUUAGAUUUUACAAAAUUAUACAGUAUUUAAUAUAUUUAAGUUCCUAUUGCCACAUGAGAAAAAGGGCAGAUAAUUUAUGAGAAAGGUGUUCAACAGAAUUGCUAAUAAAGGUCCUAGAAAGGGAACAAUACUUCACAGCAGACAGCAAACGGAGUUAACAGAAAUGUGUAUCUGCUCCACAGAUUUUCUCGUAACAUUCAAUUUGAUAAGUUAAAAAAAAAAAGUUCAUCAAUACAUUAAAUAAACAUUACACUAAAAUUCAAAUAAAACAAAAUAUAUUUUAAAGGAAAAGAAGUUUAUUUAGAAUCUGACCUCUACUGGCUUAUAUAGGUUACUGCAAAUAACAAUUAUCACUAUUCAAUUAUCCAAUCAUUUGAGCACAUGUAAUUACGUAUCUCCCAUAUGUGCUAUAGACUAAAAUCGUAAAUACCCAUUUAAAACUUGUAGUGGAAAGAGUGAUGAUGUGCAGACCUUCUAAUUCAGAAACGGAUACCUCUUUAGUUGCCGAAGAUUGGCCGUAAUAUGUUAGGAUCUAAGAGUGAUGAUUGCCUCAAAUAACAUGAAGCACAAAGUAUUUAUUUACUAAUGGUAAAUCAAAGGACAUUCUAAAAAAGAAUAACAAUUGUAAAACAAUAUAUUAUCCAAUGAAGUAUUAUAACCAAAUUACUUAAUUUGUUCUCUGCUGAGAAUUAACUAAAGAUAGUAAAUGGUUCUCACCUCUUUUAAGCCACUAAAAGGUCCAAUGGCUGAAACUGUGUUUCCCUGAACCAUAAUGUAACAGUUUGUUAAGAGUUCCAAAGCCUGUUAUCAAAAGAACAGUAAGUUGAAGUUCAGUACACUGGAAAACUAAUGACAGAGGAAGACACUUAAGUUUUCCACUGAUAAAAAAUACCUUCAAUGUAGAUCCUUUGGGACCAAUGAGACGUUGUCUUCUUUUUACAAAUCUUUCUUUAUUUCUUACUAAAGAACCUAUUUUAAUGAUGUCACAUGCAACAUCAUCCUGAAGAAUUCGUACUGCCUUUGGGAAAAUAAAGAAAAUACUCCAUCAAUAUUCUUUACAAAUAAAUUCAUUUUCAAGGCCCAGGCUAAUGAAAUCUAAGCCGAAAAAUGAAAACUCUAAGAGGGAGGCAUGCAGUGUUAUAUGUUGUUUCUGAUGUUGAUGCAAACAAAACAAAGGUUUUGGAAUUCUAAAUUUACCUGUUCAAAUGAAACGCUCCUUGCUAAAAGUUUUAUUAGGUCUCUGGCCCUAAUGAUGAUAUACGGAUCAAAAGUCUUCUUUGUUGUACAGACAGUCAUGCUGCCCUCGAUCAGGUCCAGGGUUGCAUUAAUGUGCUGCAACAAGGAAAGAGCAAAUACACAACUGUCUAAAAAUCAAUUCGAUCGUAGAUAAACAGAGAGCCUAUCCUAGUCAAACUAUUAAUUACUAUACAUUAAGCUCUCUCAAAUUCUAUCAACUCCCUCUGUGAGGAAGCUGGGGAGUUGAUAUAAAUAAUUAAUACUUGAUUACUUUCAUAUUUCAAAAUGUUAGAGACUCUGGCACCUGAAACCAUUUAUACUUACUUGGCUUUAGAAUACUUUGUCCUUAUUGGAAUAAAGACUAUUUCUAGUCUAAAAAAUAUGUAUCAAGGCAAAUGAAGACCCAAGGUAAAAAUGUAAAGCUACAUAUAGCUUCCCUAUCUUGGACCCAGCUCUGAUCGGUAGAUCUGCUCCUUCAGGUGAGAAUGGACUUUCUCUUUCAAACUUUUUUUCUAGCUGGUUUGUACUGGCUAAAUACAAACUAAAAACAAAUCCUCACACACUGAGAAGGAAGCAAUCAUUGGAACGUUAUGCAUGAAUAUAUGCGUUCAUCUUAAUAUGAACAGCCAGAAUUUGAUAAAGCAAAUUAAAAUGCUAUUUCUGACUGAGAGCAUCCUCUGAAGAGUAUUUCAACAUAGUGAGUGACGAACAAUUCAACAUAAGGUCAGGUCUCUGAGUUUACAAGAGUUCAAUCUCAGAUGCAGACCACUGUAAAAUGCUUGCUGUUUCCUGAAGCACCCCAAUACUUAAUGGGCACAAACAACUCCAGAACAGUCACAUGGUUGAGAACUACAUCAUAUGUCCCAACCUGGUGUGUGCACAUGUGCCCCCCCCACACACACACAUAAGUGAGCCAAAAGCUGUACAAAAUGGUAUUUACCCUUACCCACAUGUGAUACAUUCUUUUUCUUUUUAAAGGCUCGUUAUAUCCACUAAAUGGACUUGUUGCUCCACUAACAGAUUUCAAUCCAGUUUGAAACACAAAAGCAAAUACACUGCUUGAGGGGCAUGGCAGCGGCAACAACUAGGGGAAAGUCGGCCACAUCCUCGUCUUGCAUUUAAAAUGAAAAUUAAGGGGCGCCUGGGUGGCUCAGUCGGUUGAGCGUCGGACUUCGGCUCAGGUCACGAUCUCACUGUCCGUGAGUUCGAGCCCCAUGUCGGGCUCUGUGCUGACUACUCAGAGCCUGGAGCCUGUUUCGGAUUCUCUGUCUACCUCUCUCUCUGACCCUCCCCCGUUCAUGCUCUGUCUC